CUGAGCUGAGCGUUUGCACACUUGUGAUACCGCGUUGAAGGCGUUUCGCUAAGAUGGCUGUGCGUGGCAACACCUUGACCCCGUUUUCCAUCCAGUCGAUCCUCACCAGAAAGGAUGAAAGUCGACACCCGAAGAGUUUGGAGGUGUCCCGCUUCUCGCCCGCAACCUGUUGGAAGGUGUUGGACAGUUUGGAUCCCUGCAACAAGCUGAACGCCUCUCCUCCUCCUCCUCCUCCUCCUCCUCCUCAAACCGAGACAGGGGGGGAUCUGCCCAGCGAUCAGCUCUGCUGUGACUCCGACUCGGGGGUCAGCGAUGAGAAUGACAGUAAAAACCAUUGGGUUUACAGCUCGGAGAAGGAGCUGGAGAUUUCCGCCGCGUGUCCCUUACAGACGAGACCCCCGAAGGAAGCGGACUCGGGUUUUAGGGAAGAAAUGGAGAGAGAGGACAGCAAGGACUCGCUGUGCAACGGGGGGAUGUCCGAGAACCUGUCAGCUCCGAGCCCAGUUGACGAAGACUCGAAGUCCGACCAGAGUCCGGAUCAGCCCAAACAGAGGAAGAAGCGCUCCCGGGCCGCCUUCUCUCACGCUCAGGUUUUCGAGCUUGAGCGCCGCUUCAACCACCAGAAGUACCUGUCGGGACCCGAGCGCGCAGACCUGGCCUCCUCCCUGAAACUCACCGAAACCCAGGUCAAGAUCUGGUUCCAGAACCGCAGGUACAAGACCAAGCGCCGGCAGUUAGCCGCCGAUCUGAUGGCCUCGGUUCCGGCGGCAAAGAAAGUGGCGGUGAAAGUGUUAAUCCGGGACGAUCAAAGACAGUACGGUCCGGGAGAACUGCUCAGACCUUCACUGCUGUCGCUGCAGCCCUCCUAUCAGUACUACCCCUUCACCUAUUGCCUGCCCGCCUGGACAGUGACCACUUGCACAGGAACUCAAUAAGUAAAUCACGAUCAGGUCCAAAC